GAUGAGAGUGACAGACUUCCAUUCCCCAACGAUGAGAAUGACUUCAGCCUUCCUGAUGGAGAAUUCUCAGAUUUGCUUGACGAAAGGAGUAAGCCAGACCUUAAAGACGAUGAGAAGGAAAGCCGUGGUCGUGGGAGACCCCCCAAAAAAGAAAAAGAGAGGAGUGAUGAAGGCUCUCGACCAGACAGAAUCCGCGAUAUCAGAGAUGAUGACGAUGAAACUCCCAGAAGACCAGUAAGUUGUCAUGCAGCUACAAGAUAUAUUAUAGUACUGAUGGAAAUUUGUCAUAAGUAGAGGUCUUUUUUGACCACUGUUCCUUGGAGUGCUUGGUCCUCUUGGAAAGAGAACAUCUGUUCAAAGUGUAAUCCCUGUCAGCAAUGUCCUUGUUAUGUAUGUUCUGGGCAUUCAAAUCUGGAUGGCUGUAUCAGUGUACACGUGUUGUACUCGUGCUUGUCAUUUAUGUAUGUCGUUGUGGUCUUCCUGUAUGGUAUUAAAUGUAAAAGCAAGAGUGGUAAUAUUUGUAGUGUGUAGUUGUACAAUGAAUUGUAAAAUUACAGAGGGAAUGAAUUCUAAAGUAAAUCAUGAAAAGAGGAACAAAUGGUGAAUUGUAAAAUUACAGAGGGAAUGAAUUCUAAAGUAAAUCAUGAAAAAGGGAACAAAUGGCAAAUGCAGUGAGUGCUAUUUGGUUGAAUCAUUUGACUGUUAGAGUGAUCCUCAUAAUUACUGAAUGAAUUAUAGAACACUUGAAGUGGUCAAUGUCGAUGUAAAGAAAUUAAAAAGAAAAAAAAAUGUGAAGUGAGGAAAGAGAUAAGGAAAACUAGCGACGAUUUAAAAGCAAAGCAAAUUGAAAGGAAAUAUUUUUUAACCAGCCACAAAACAUUUCAACACUUCAAGGCUCAUACCAGUCUCCAUGGUUUUAAAGGAAUGGCAGGAUUGCAGUGUGGGUGCAACAUUUGCAUGUGAGUUUUGUGAAUAUUAAAAAAAAAUAAACAGUGAAUGUGGAAUCAACUUCAGUAAAUCUGUAAUAUGAGUAAAACAAAUCUCUCUGAAAAUGUCACUUAGAACUUGUAUCAGUAAGGAAAGAAAAAUCAUUAUCUAGACAAUACUGUUGGAAAUUUUAAACUUGACCCACUUACAGGGAAGUUUGUUGAGGACUACGCAACCUUCUAGAACAUUGCUGCAGUCUCACUCCCUGUUGUUGAUGGUUAGUAACCUAGAAUAAAGAUGAGGAUUUCUCUUUCCCUUUUGGCUUGAAAAUGGAGUGCUUUUCAAGAAAAUACCAUGCUUUAAGAAUUCUACAUAUCUAAGACAUGGCAUGUGGCAGUAGUUGAAAAAAUGAAUGCUUAAUGGAGGUGUCUUUAGCAUGCAAUGAUAUAUGAAGUAUUUGCACAAAAUAGGUCGUUGGGCAGGUUCAGAAGCUGUAGAUGACGUACUUUGAAGCUGGAACUAUAUCUGGAAGAAGAAGAAAUAAUGAAAUUUUACAAGCAUUAGUUCAAGCAUUUGUGAAUGAAUGAGUUAUUAUUAGUAUUAGCUGGUCUUUGUUAAUAAACUACACUGUAAUAGUGAAAUCAGAAGAAUAAGCGAGUGAAAAAGAAGAAUGCAAAGAACUGAAAGAUAAAGUAAGGAAAUAGAAAAGAUUUGUUACCAAAUUGUUUGGUUUGAUUAAAAAUGUGCUGCUACUAUUUUAGUCUAUGGGUCUGAAUUUUGAUUUGUUCAUCAAGAUGAAUCUGCUGUACACAAUGCCAUUGUUUUUUGUGGCUCUUGUGAUUAUGAAAUGGAACUGAAUCUGACUUUAUUUGAUUAAUGCUUCAAGAUGAAAGAGAAGUUUGGACUUGAGGGGUCUACCCAUUUCCCAUCCCAAACUUGCUAUGAAUGCAGACAAGGAAUAUUUGCUCCACACUUUGCUGCCAUUACUUAUUUAAUCACUGUAAUUUAAUUUUAAUAUCUUCAAUUUUAUUUUAGGUUGGUUAAACUGUAGUUAUAUAGUCAAAGUACAUAUAAGGUAUGAACGAAUAUGUGAAACUGUACUGGGUAUGUAGUGUUGGAUCUAAAUGGAAUGUGGGAUCCGAACCUGUUCAUAGGUAGAGGUGUUCUCAAUUCCUAUAGCAUAUUCCUACUUGUUUCUUGCUUUGAAGGUGAUUCAUAGAUAAAACCAUUCUUUUCAGUGUAGAUAUUGGACAGUUGUGUCAAGAAUUAGCUUUUUUUUUUUAUUCAUGACUGUUAUAUUUAUUAAUUUUGAUUGUCAUGGAUUUGUGUAUGUUUUAUUGUUAUGUAUAUUAUGUUAAAUAGUCUACUUAACACCACAGUUCAUACUGGGAUAAUUUAGUUUUCUUGUGAAGGCUGCAGCUGGGAAUUGCAACUUGCUUAGGAAAUUUUUAGUUGACUGUACGUAAAUUUGGAUGUGGUAGUACUAACUACUAAAUUAUUUACUUUAGUUAUAAAAAUAUUUUAAUCAAACCGCUGAGCUGCUUUUUUUUUAUAAUGAUAUUGAGUUAAGGUAUUGUCCUUUGGGAUGUGAUGCAUUUUCUAGCCAAGCGCUUGAUCCAAAUGCCCUGCUUGCAAGUGUCUUUGUGUGUUUUGUGGCUUGCAGUGCAAGCUGUGCUGUGUGUAAACCCUGUACUACCUCCAGUACCAUAAUGUUGGAAGUUUUGAGGCUCCUGGUUCUACGCAAUACUGUAGUGCUUCUUUUUAUCCUUUUACCAGGGAUGAAUUUGCUAUAAAGAAUAAAUAUGUAUAUUUGAGUUCCCUGAAUAGUCAAAGAACUCACAAGACCAGCCUUAGCUUUGUUAGUAGAGAAAAUGACUGAUUGUAUUUCUUAUGGUAAUAUUUUUUCUGGUAUUGCAUAGUUGUGCAGAGUAAUACUGAAAGGCAGCAUCCUGAGGAAGCUACUGUGGCCGAAAGCAUGUUGAUAGUCAGUCUCUUUCCCUCCUUGUGAAAGUAAAUUUGAGUUUCCUUACUAGACAAUACUAUUACCCCCACAAAUAUCUUUCCUUCAGUUUCUUUUGAAGAGAAGGAAGAUAAGCUUCCCACUGCAAAGCAGUUUAAAUUGAAAUAAACUGCCCUUCUGUUAUUAAAAGGUGCAAAAUUUGUUACCCCAGUGCCUAUAGCCUAGCAUACACUGAUAGAAUUGUUCAAGGUUUUUACUUGUUUUCACAUAUCCUGCAUUUAAACUCCCUCAGAACUGUCAAGUAAGGUAUUUCAUUUGUGAUCAGUUUAUUUUUGGGCUUUAUGCAAAUUAUAUAUUGCUGACCAGCUGCUAGUUUUGUAAGAGAAAGCUAGAGAAUGAGCAAAGUAUUGCCCUUGCCUAGGCUAGGCCAGUAUGAAAAAAGUUCUAUUUAUUAUGACUCAUAAUUUUCAUUCUUUUGAAAAAAGCCAAAAGGCAGUACGUACAUAUAUGUAACUAGUAAGCCUCCACAGAAUCAAAUGCCCACAUGAAAAAAAAAAGGUUUGAUAGCUGCAGAAGUCUUGCUUUGUUAAUUCUAACCCAUGAUGACCUGGCAGUGGCAGCUUCAGAUAGUAGCACAAAUCUUUAUGCCAGCUGUGCAGAUCAUAAGUGAAAGGAGUCAGUCCUCCCCAGCAAUCCCAUGAAUGGAAAGAAAAGUUGAACCAUGUCACAAUUUAUGAUUUCCACGAAAGGACAAACGAACCUAGCCAAUGUACAGUACUACAAUAGGCAGGAAUAUAUAGAAAGUGGGAAGAUGAUUACCACAGCUGGUAUGGGAGGAAGAAAAUGAAAAUGCCCGGGAUGAAAGUCUCAAGAGAUGAAGGAUCAGGGAGAGCUGUGGUGUUGGUGAACAGAGGUGAAGGUGAGGCAUGAUAGACAAUUAUUAUUAUGCACACUAUGAUCAGUAUGUAAUGCUUGAUGGAAUGAAAUAUAGAAUUUAGGCCAAAGGCCAAGCACUGGGACCUAUGAGGUCAUUCAGUGCUGAAACGGAUUGGUAGUUGAAAGGUGUAACAAGAGGAAAACCUUUUAGUUGUACUAUAAAACAAAUGUUAAGAGGUUGGAUAGCAAGAUGGAAGAAAGAGAAUAUGAACAAAGUCACAGUAAAAGAAAUGAAAGGGGGUUGCAGCUAGGGACCGAUAGAAUGCUGCAGUGAACCUUAAGUAGUGCCUACAGUGCACUGCAUGAGGUGAACUGACAGCACUAAACCCCCCUACGGGGUGUAAUGCUUGAUGGAGUCAGUAAAAGAAAAAAAGGGAGGGAUAUAAAAGUGAACUACAACCUCCUAGAGAGGUGUUUUGUUGAUACUUAUGGUCUGCAAGAUUACUGGUGGCAGUGUGGAAUUUAUGAUGAUGUGUACAAGGAUGUUCUUAUUCAUUUUUAUUUUUUUUUAUGAAGAAUAAGCCUAGUCAUUCUAGCCUCUGGUUUAAACCCAGUACUAAUCUCAGGUGUUACAUGCUCAUAGCUCCAUCCUUUGAGGAUUGUCAUCUGCCACUGCCACUCUUUGAAGAGCAAAAGCCUCAGCAUUAGGAAACAGUUCAGUCCUAACUAUAGUAUUUCUGCAUUCCCCAAUAAUAUCCAUAGGUAUUGUGCUUAAUACAUGAUAAUUUUUGCCUUGCAUAUGUGCAGUUGUUGUCUUGGCCUACUGUUCUAGUUAUCAAAUAGCCAGUCUUAUUCUGCCAUUAUUGAAAAUACAGUUUGUAGGUUUCAGGUAUUUUAGAAGUGCCAUAAAAGCAUCUAAGAAUUUGUGGUAGUGUUUUUGACACUAAGAACAUGGUUAAACUGUCCCUAUAAACAAUACUAUGAAUUUAGGGUAUGUUUCUCUUAUUGUUUUGGAGUAGUAUGUUCUUCCAGAGUUCUGUAUUGUGAGAAUUUGAUUCAUGUUAAUAAGGAGAGCCUUCUUAUUUUAUGUUUAGUUUGACCAAAAUUGACAUUUAUAGAAGUACCUCUUUUCAGUAAUGAUGUAACUGUGAUUGCUGAAGGGUCGUUUCUUUAACUAGGAUGCUUAUUUCAAAAUUAUUUUCAACAAACAUCAGUUUAGAAGUACCUCUUUUCAGUAAUGAUGUAACUGUGAUUGCUGAAGGGUCGUUUCUUUAACUAGGAUGCUUAUUUCAAAAUUAUUUUCAACAAACAUCAGUUAGACAUGCUGCCUUUCUUAGAGAAAGUGAAGUGCAUAGCAAACUUACAUGUACAUGAGGCACAUUGUGGGAAGAAGACAAAUUAGAGUUUACAAUGUAUACUCUGAUGAAUGGGCAGGGGAAAAUUGGUUCGGUAUACUUUAUCUUUGUAGUAAUUUACUGUACUGUAUAUACAUGUAGUGAAAUUGUUAACAAGUUCAUUCAGUGUUGCACAUUUGUUUGCAAGUGGUCGAGACAACCAUUUUUUUUCAUAAAAUUUCCAAGAAUAUUGCUACUUUAAUGUAAUUUUAGGUUUUUGUGUAAAUUCAGGUAUAUAAGCAGCGUAAAGCUUCUGUAAAUACUAUGCUCUUCUACCAUGUAUGCAUGUGGAAGUAAGUGUCGUGCAGAUUUCUGAUAUCUGUAUUGGCUACUUUCAUAUUCACUAUAUAUGCAUAUUGAAGGUGCUUCAUGGAAGACUAAACUCCAUUACAGAAAUUGUAAUUUUUUUCUUUUGCAUGAAGUAGUAUAGUUUUUUCUUUGAUGACUUAUUUACUUUUCUUGAAAAUGUUAAAUUGUCAGGAUGAAGAGACUGGCAACCAGUAGGUAUCGGAUUCUGUGAAUGGGACAGGAACAUACCUUUGAGUUUUGAAUAACUGACACAUACAUGUUGUUGAGGUAGGUCAAGAUUUGCUUGUUGUUGAAGUGGAUCUUUGGCCGUUUUGAGUUAUGAUACAUUUCAAACAUUUUAAUAAUUUCGAAUUGUUGGAUGUCUUAAUAUUUGUAAUAGGUACUGCUCUAAUUUUUUAAAAUCUAGACUUACAAUCUGAGAUUCCAGGAAGAAGCAUCUUUCAUCUGUUUAUAGAUUUGUGUUUUAUACGUAUACCAUUUUGGCGAGUGUACAUAAAAAUUUGUAUAUGGAUGUAAAUAAAAUGUACAAUUUUA